GCUGACUGGGGCUUUGUGAGGGGGAAGUUGCCUCUCCAUUUUCACAGAUUGUUAUUUUGUGAGCGUGUUACUGUAUGUGUGUGUUAGUGUUUUUAUGUGUGUGUGUGUAUGCAUGAGAGUGCGACCCCGCCAUGUCGACAUCCGGCAGUAUGACAGGAUACUACGUUCACUCUCUUAUUGCACCGGUGAAUGAGGAGUCUCGUUUCUCAGGUUCAGGGCUCAUCCAGCACACCAGGCCCUCCGCAGACCACACAGAGCUCGGUCGAAGCACAUUCCCCGUAAAGCAACCCGUAUAUGAUGGCUCAGGUUGGGGUCACAUCCCAACGCAUUUCUCCAGUGGUGUAUCAUCGGUGUAUCAGUCGCAUGCACAGCCUCCCGUAGCUGGGGAUUACAUGCAGUCUUGGCUGCUGGACUCGCCUUGUGGACUGCCCCUGACUGAGCUACAGGCGGUUCAUCUUCACUAUAAUGCAAAACCUGAUACGCAUAGACCGAAUGAUGAAAGCGCACAGGUCAGUUCGCAUGCUGUGCUCCCUCCUCUGGACGUCAGUAACGGAGGAUGUUCUACCGACACAGAGACAGGAUCUGGCCGGACUGCAGACACGGGUGGCGAGAUCGAGGAUAAAUCGGGGGCUGAUCCACGUAAGGUUCUUCAGAUGGUGGGAUAUACGGACAACCCUGUGUCCAACUGGCUUCACGCAAGUUCUACGCGUAAAAAACGCUGCCCUUAUACUAAGCACCAGAUCCUCGAACUGGAGAAAGAAUUUUUAUUUAGCACAUACCUCACGCGCGACCGCAGGUACGAGGUUGCCCGUCUCCUGAACCUCACGGAGAGACAGGUCAAAAUUUGGUUCCAAAAUCGCAGGAUGAAGAUGAAAAAAAUGAACCAAGAUGGAACGAAAGACAACUGAGAGUAAAGCACUUCGUUUAGGUGAGAAUGAAGGAUGAUCAUUCCCAUUGCUGAAAUGAUUAUGUCGUGGAAUUUUACAUUUAGGCUUGUGUUAUUCUUUUCUAACAAAAUAUAAUUGUCGUUUGUCUUGAAUCAUGCUGGGAUCCAUGCGUUUAUACAUUGAAAGAUACUUGUUUGUCAUAGUUCUGUUAUAUAAAUAUUAACUGACGUAGCUUUCUUUACAGCUCAGUAUUUCACUUUUAUUAUGCCUGUAUGAACAUUCAAAAACAUAAAUGAAAUGUGCUAUUUCACUGCGAUCAUAGAUUAAGUUUUCCUAUGUUCUAUAACUUUUUCCUAAAUUUAGAGUGGGAUGACUGAGCCCACGUUUAUGUAAAGUUCAUACACUAAGGACUGCAUGAGGUCAGGUGCCCUCAGUAUUAUUCUUCUUUAAUUAUAAAUUAUGGUAUAACCAUAAUCCAACCAUUUUUGCCAUUACCUAUAGUCUAUUCACUGCUUAUAUAUACAAAUUUCUAGCGUCCAAAAUAUUUACGCCAUAUCAGCUGUUGCAGUGUUAGACUGUUGGGUGAAGUCUGUGCACUUCAGGGACUAAGUGAAAAUACUGAGCUGUAGAUAUAUAAGCACUGUAGGCAACUCUACAAAUACCUCAAAGUCCGUUGACCGCCAUGAUUGUGUUUUGUUUACCAUUUCUCAGAUGUAAUUUGUGAUUUAUUUAUUGAAUAAU